UAUGUACUGUACAUACGACCACCCUCGUCCACCAUCGUCCGCCCAGCAGCCACCAUCGUCCGGUCCAUAGUCAAAGUAGAAGCCCCAACAACACUCCAGUGAACAUGCCACCCGCCUCACCUCCUCACAAACCCCCCUCCCUCCUGAUCGUCCCCCUAACCCUCGACUCCCUCACCACCCCACCCACCGCACACCAUCUCACUCUAAUACGCUCGGCAAUCUCCCUCCUCCUCCUCCCCUGCGGCCGCCGCAUCUACACUCCACCCCUCAGCCUCCGUAUCAGCAUUUCCGCCCCGCCCGCCUCACCCCAAGCCCCACCCCCAUCGUGGCAGGAUAUCCACGCGCUGCUGAGCACGCUGUACAUGGCGGCCGCACAGGAGGCGUGGCGUCGAGAGUACCCCGUGCUGAACGUCGAUGUUGUGUUUGAUGGUGGUGAUGAUGACCGGUGGCUGGCGGACAUCCCCGAUGGCGCGCAUGCGGCUGUGGUUGGGCGGGCGGAGGAUCAGGCUGAGUUGGCGGGGGUGAAUGCGAGGAGGGGGAAGAAUGGCUUGGGACAUUUGCGGUUUACGGUUAUUGAUGAUGAGGAGGGGGAGGAGGAGGAGGAGGGAGAGGCAAGAUUGACGACGGUGGGAUCCAAGGCGGAUGUGAUUUACCAGCCGGGGAGGGAGGGUGUGCAGGCGUACGAUUGUGUUGCGCUGGGAGGCACGUUUGAUCAUUUGCAUGUUGGGCAUAAGAUCCUGUUGAGCGUUGCGGCGUUUUUGGCUCGCAAGAGGCUUGUUUGUGGUGUCAUGGACGCCUCCCGCCUCGCCCGCAAACAAGGCUCCUCCCAAAUGCAGCCCCUCGCAGACCGCAUCGCCGGCGUGCGCGCCUUCCUCCGUCUCAUCCGGGGCAUCCACGCCCUCAACCGCUCAACAACAGCCACGACACAGGACCUGCACCUCGACGUGGUGGCCAUCACCGACGACUACGGUCCCACACGGGACGACCCCGCCAUUCAGGCCAUUGUGGGGUCGUUGGAGACGAGGAAAGGAUGUGAGGCUGUCAACACCCUCCGCGCAACAAACAACCUCCCCCUCCUCGACAUCUUCACCAUCGGCGUCGUCGCGCCUUCAUCCAGCGAGGAUACGCCGUCCUCAGACGAAGCGCAACAGAUCGCCGCAAAGAUCAGCUCAUCGGGGAUCCGCGUGUUUUUGGAAGGGAAAGCGAAAUGAGGGUGAGCCGGAGUGAGGGUGGAAGGGUCUGGCCACAGGACAGUGAUG